GAACAAGUGAAUGAAUGGCAGGGGCACAGAUUUAAGCUAUUUGGUAAGUUAGCUAAGUUUGGAUGCCGGUAGCUGGAAUGUCACUGUUUAAUUACAGUAAUGUGAUAAACCUAGAAUGCGGUUUCUGCAGCCGGUUUAUGUCGAAUGGUAACCAAAACAAGGAACACUAAACUUUCCAGACCUGACUGCCAGGGCAACACUCCGACAGCCUAUCUUUGUGCGGAAGGCUUCUCCCAUGGUUUCGGCUUUCUCUCUAUUCCUUGUUCUUUCAUGUGUGCAGUUAUUUGAACUUUCGCAAUUGAAGCAGUCCACUAUGUUGCUGGGCUGUGAGCUUCAUCGGAUUUGCGAUCGCGUGAAAGUUGAAGGAUCUCUAGAUGUGAGAUUAGAAUUUAAGAUUUGCUGGCCGAGCUGCGAAUCUGUAAACUCAAGGUACAAGCGGGCGCAGACGGGCUAGACCUCUUUCGGUCGGCUGGUUUCACUAGGCGACAGGUCCAAUACAGGCAGUAAGGCACGGAGCAGGCACUGGCAGCAAAUAGAAGCGUGGCCGAGGGAGAGCGAGAGAGAAAGCAGCAAAGCGGGCGGGCUGAGGGGGGGCUCGCUGAAGGUAACUAUGUGUUGUGUCGAAG